AUGAUCGCCCUUGCCGCCUUCCAGGAGCCGGGCGCGGCCUUGAAAGCAGUGAAAGCGCUGGACGGCUUCGACUGGAGGAGUCGUUCCGAAGUGGCACAGAGGCCCCCAGAAGUGCACGAAUGCUUCAGCGCGAAGAUCGUGCAUGACGCAGAGGAUCCUCUCAGGAUCCCAUCGCCUUCAGCCGGCGGAUAUUCCGGUGCUCCGGAGGCUUCGGGCUCUGUCGAGCAGGCUCCCAACAGAGAUGGCAAGGAGCCAGGAGAAGCAGGAUCACCCUCGGCACCAUCGAAGCCUCGAAGAAGUGCACGCGUCAAGCUGCAGCAGACGGGCCGGAAACUUCGCUGGGAGAAGUCCCCAGGCAGCGAGGCCGAGGCCGAAGAGGAGCCGAUUCCGGCGGCCCAGCGGCGCCCCACGGAGGCAGUCGAUGCCGUGGAGGUUGGGCCAGAAAUGCGUGAAGUGGAUCUCUCUGACACGCACUUGGUGGUGACUGGCCUGCCUUGGGACUGGAGCGCCCUGCAGCUGCAGAUGCUCUUCACACCCUUCGGAGGAGUGCAGGCGAUGCAGCUGGGCGACGGUUUGGCCCUGGUCCGCCUCGAGGAGUUGGCGCAGCACGCGGCCGCCGCCGCCCACUUUGAGCAGCCUCAGCCAGACUUGCCGGGACUGCGCUGCCAGCAUGUCUUGGGCCCCCGGGAGAAGGAACUCUUGGCACAGGCUGCCGAGGCAGAGCGGUUGAGGAAACAAGCAGAGGAAGAGGCCGCUCGCCAGCGCAAGGCGGCUGCUGCAGAAGCUGAGAGGUUACGCCAGGCGGCCCUGUUUGCAAGCCGGCGAGUAGUUUGGGAAGCAGCAAAUGCCGACUUUGCAGCCGCUGUCUUGGCAGAGGCGCAGCCGGCCGAUGCAGAGCGCUGCAAGCGGCUCCAGGCCGCAGCAGAGUCUCUGAGAGAUGCUUCGCUCAGCAAGCAGCGCAGACGAAUGUUCGUUGCACUGGUAGAGGCUGAGCGAAAAAGGCAAGCAAACAUGGCAACCGAAUUGGAGCAUGAGGCCAUGCGCACUGCGGAUGCGGAGUCCAAGGCUUGGCAGCAGUACCUGCUGCAUGCCGAGCACCAGUAUUUGGAGAUGCUCCGGCAGGCAGAAGCUGCAGAGACUCUCGCGAUGUCCAAAGCUGAUCGCGAGAGUCGACGUGCUGAGCAGGCACGUCUUGAUCAGGAACGGCGGCGACGACGAAGAGAACGUGAGUCGCAAGCAGCAGAGGGGCGUGCGAUGAAGAAGGCAGACGACGAGAGCCGUCGCGUCGAGGCAGCCACUUUUCUCGCGGAGGAACAGGCACGUGAAGAGUUUGAGGCGGAGCUCAUGGAACGGGCGGAGGAUGAGGUUCGGGAGUUCAUCCAACAGGAGGCACGCAGAGAAGCAGACGAGCGCCGCAGAAUGGCUGCUGACGAGGCGGAGCGGCGACGAGCAGAAGAAGAGAGAAAACAGAAGCUUGUUCUGGAGUGGCGCAGGAAGAAGGCAGCCAGGAGAGCUCUGGAGUCGGAUGAUGAAGAUGAGGCACAGGAGCCCGAAGAAGAGGAGGAUCAAGAGGCGAAACAGGAGACUUCGGGAAGCCCUGCCUUGCCUCAGAAGGCCAUCGUGCGGAAUCCAUUCGGACCCGUGAAUGUCAUCGUCCCGCAGCAGGCACCGGCCCAGGAGGAAAAAGCCAAAAAAGCAAAGGAGGAGGAAGCCAAGCGUGCUCGCGAAGAAGAGCGCCGCAGGCUGAAGGACGACGCCGCCAAGAAGCGAAAGCGUGAAACAGAGGAAGCAGCAGCGGAGCUGCAACGCUUUGAACAGGAGCUCCAGCGACGAAGUAACUUCCUCCUACGACGACGGCAGCAGGAAGAGGAAGACCUGCGAAAAGAGGAGGAGGCUCAGCAGCGAGCUGAGAGACAGGAGCAGGAGCGCAAGCAGCGCGAGUUCGAGGCAUCCUGCAUGGCUCGAGAGGAGAAGCUCCGCAUGCCUUUUGAGCUCGAGGAUCGGCGGCAAGAGUCUGAGCGGCGAAAGCAGGAGGAAGCCGAGCGCAGAAAGCAGGAGCGUGCUGAGAGGAAGAGAAAGGAGCAGGAGGAGAAACUUCGCGAAGAGCGCAGAGCGGAAGCUCGGUCUUUCCAUCCGCAGCAGGCUGCCAGGCUGCUGCAAGCCAAGGAGCAGGAAAUCGCGCGAAUGCAAGCUGAACUUCUGAAGCGAAGGCAGGAGGAGGCUCAGAAGAAGUCUCAGCAGAAGCAAGAAGAAGCGAAGUGGGAGCUCUUCCUCACCGUCAGCUCAGCAAAGCAGGGCAAGGAGAACACGUCGAAAGCGAAGCCGAAGUUCGAGUCACAGCCGAAGAAGGAGAAAAAGCAAUGUUCUUGGAACGAAAACUGCUUCCUGAAGCGAGUGGAGGAGGGAGCACUGCAAAGAAGAGCCGUCGGACUGCAAAGUAUGAAGCAGACGCAGGGUGCUCUUCGAAAAGCGGGAGAAGAGCAUCUGUUUUCCCUGGCCUUCAUUUUGCCCGGAGGAGUUCAGCUCUUCGACAACAGCAUCCGUGACGGAAGAAGUCCUUUGGCGCCUGUGCACUUCGUCUUUGACUGCGGUGGCUUCACCUACCUGCCGGACCUUGUGCGGGCGUCAGGAUGGAACGACUUCACCCGUCGGGUACGCCUGGCCUUCGAGCAGACGCCUCGGAAGCGCAGGCACUUGCUCGGCCCGCAGAUUGUCAGCCAGUUGACUGAUCGUGCAUGGUCGAUCACGGGAAACAUCGACCACCGAAGGCUGUGUCGCCGUGAUGGAGUGGUCUAUCUUCUCCAGUACCUCAAGGAGGCUCUUGGCCGCCUCCCGGUGCCAGACAUCGGGGUGAGGUUGGAGUCGCUCAUCCUGCGGCUGAAGCGUCAGCCCUACCAGUCUAUGGCGACAUGGGCUGCCCACCUCCGGCAGCAAUACAGGCACUUGCAGGUGGCGCUGAGCAGAGUGCGUACUCAGGAGCAUGCUGAACCUCUACGAUCUUCUACCUCGAGGCCUACGUCUUCCGGGGGCGGUUCGCCACAGCGCAGAGCCAGCAAUCAAACCGUAGAAGAACCGCAUGCGGAACAACCUGCAGCUGGCAGCGCCGAGGAUGAGACAGAGACCGUGGCUCCCGUUGAGGAGGAAGACGAGUUGGAGGCCGCGGCGGACUCUCCUUCCCGUUCAUGGUCACGACGCAAGGGUCGCAGGGAGUCUGCUUCAGACAGCGAUACUUCUGCAAAGGCACUUGAAGACCUCUCCAUAUGGGAGGCCCAUGAGGAGACGCUUCCGGAAGUGCUGCCGUCAGAAGUGUUGGGAUGGCUCCUCUUACGACGAGCCAACCUGGGGAACCAAGCGAGGUUGUCAGUCCAGGCAGCCGCCGGAAACAGCUUGAAGCUCGAGGACAUUGAGAAGGCGUUGAGGGGGAUGGAGGACGAGCUGGUUGGCCAAGAAGCAAUGGGCCGCGGUCACUCCAAAGGUGACUACCGACGGCGGACCUACUGGGUCGAGGAGGCUGGCGAGUGGUCCUUGAUUAUGGAUAAUGCUGAGAUUGAAGAGUCUGUGGAGAAUGGAGAGACCAUCUACGUUGGCACCAGGCUUCCUCCUCAAGUCUAUCCGUCGGCCAACUUCUCUGGCGAGGACUCUCCCUCUUCUGACAAUGUCUGGUGGAGCAACCAGGACUAUGAGACCGGCGCUGCUGGAUGGGACGAUACGUCAUGGUGGAGCUGGGAGGAUUAUGAUGACCUCUUGACUCCGGAAGAGCACAAGGAGGUCGAUGAGGCAUUCGCCCUGGCGGAGUCGAAGGUGAGGAACUUUGUGCAGGCCCGUCAGGCCGUGAAGGCCAGGAACUUGUCCCGUGGGUUUUAUCCUUUUGCUCCUCAGAGCAAGUCGGUUGGCAAGGGGCGGAAGGGAAAAGGAAAACCCUUCAAGGGGAAAGGCCCCUCCUCGGUGGCCUCUUCGUCUUCCACCCCGGUGAUGGCCAGUGCCGACGAUCAAGGGUUUCUGGGAGCGGCUGUGGGACAACCGGGCUACACUGGAUGCUUCAUUUGUGGGUCAAAGGAUCACGACUUCAGGACUUGCCCUCGACGCCAGGGGAAAGGACACAAAGGCGGCCGGCAGGGUAGCGUGCACUUCUCCGAUGCCUCGGUCUUCACCGUGACUGCCGAGCCGGCCGAUGAGAUGGUAGAGGAUGUCCCAGCCUUUAUGAGUCAGGGCGAAUUGUCCACUCAAGAGAUGGCUGGUUUCGCUGUGCUUGACACUGGGGCGACCGAGACGGUAGGAUCCCUUCCUGCAGUUGAACAACUUAUGAGAGCCAGGCACCAGCACUUAGGGUACGCUGAAGAAGUUCGAGUCGUGGAUCAGCCACCCAAGCGGUUCAAGUUUGGGAACGGAGAGUAUGCUUAUUCCGCCUCGUAUAUCCUCCUACCCCAACAACUUGGAGCGCAAGCCAUUCAACUAGGGAUCUUCACACUUGAUGUCUCCGGAGUUCCAUUGCUAGUCGGCAUCCGUACCAUGAGAAGAUUGGGUGCUGUGUUGGACCUCUCCAAGUUCGUAAUUGUCUUCACUGCUGUGGACAUGAACCGAGCGAUUCCCCUAAGACGGUCACCCAGUGGGCAUGCGCUUCUUGACCUUCGAGGUGACUGGCUGUCCGGAGGAUGCCUAGUCUCAGACUUGGGCAGAGACAUCCACUCAUGUCCGCCUCCUGAAGAAAAUUUCGUCGAGUCUGCGUACAUGUUGAGUGAUGGUGACCAGGGGACAGGAGAGAGUCUUGAGCAGUCCAGUGCAGAGCCUGUUCCCGAAGCCAGCUUGGCGUGCCAGAGUGAACGACAUGAACACGGGCAGCAUUGUGGCUCCGACCACGACAAUUCGAUGAGAUCAAUAGUGACCCUGACUGCCCUCGUUGCGCUUCAUGGCCUCCACUGCGGCGAAAGCGGCAACGAGAUGCUCCCACUGGACUACGACCGUCAGGAAGGUGUGGACCCUCGGGAUCCCCGUGCUGCUGGCGGUCUGUGCAAGGGCAACCACACUCCGAAGACGAGGGCAAACCAGUUUGCUCAGUGGACGGUGUGCACCAAGUGCCAGGUGCGGCUGCAGUAUAUCCCUCGAAUGGGCUGCCAUGCUCAACAUCGUCAGGCUGGCCCACUGGCUCCCGACACCAAGGAGAUGAUCAAGAAUGCGGACCCAGAUGCCGAGUACUACCCGACCAACAAGGAGAUCAGCCUCACGGCGGCGGAGAACUCAGCUUUGAGGCAACUGGAACGACUCCGGCGCCUACGGCAAGGGGACUCGAAGGCGGCGGCUGCGAAGGAGACGAUCACCACAAAGACCAAGGAACCACAGGAGCCUCCCUCAGCAGCGACAGUGGCCAUCGACGACUCCGAGACGGAGGAGUCGCCGCUGUCUCCGGGGACCAUUGUGGUUCCAACUCCUGUGGACAAGGAGCAGUUGCCUUCGCACCCGAGUCGGAAGGCAUCAAGGGCCAGCGAGACGAAGACAGAGCACCUGGAGUAUCAAAACCGAUCCUGA